AUUACUCGUGUGUUAAUUGUUUCGCCUGUGGCUCUACAAUCGUAAUAUUUCACGUACAGCUCGGCGACUCGUACUGUAUCUAUCGCCUAAUAAGGCCAUUAAGGCAAAUUAAAUUUUACACGCAUAGUGCGUCCAUGGGUACGCCUGCGGGACUGCUUACAUCUAAAGUGUCAUGCAAAUUUGAACUGAGCUGAACCAAGGAGGGUGUCACACGAAGGCAAAACGAAAAGAAAAUAUGGCCGAUCACGAAGUUUUGUACCAGGCGAUAGUUACGGCACUUAUUGUGGGUCUGUCAUCUUCUAUUAUCUUCAGAUUAUGGAAAUGGUACAGAAUCUUCAGACUGCUCCCUCCUGGUCCUUGGGGGUGGCCAUUUAUUGGAUAUCUCCCUAAACUGAAGACGAACAGGCACCUUGUUCUGACGGAGCUAAGGAAGACGUACGGCGACGUGUAUUGCCUGAAAAUAGGAGUGCAUAGAGCCGUCGUUCUGAAUGGACUGGAGACCGUUCGCCACGCCUUAGUUCAACUAGGGGAAAACUUUGCAGGACGGCCGAGUUUUCAUACGUUUCAGUUCAUUGAAAACGGUAAAAGCAUGGCCUUCUGCGAUGUUGGUCCUCGUUGGAAAGUGAGAAGAACCAUUGCCUUAAACGGACUGCAUGCGUUUUUAAAGGACAAGGUUCACCCUGUUGAGAUUGCGAUGACGGAAGAAGCAAUAUAUCUGGUAGAGACGUUCUUGGGCAAUAGCGGAAAGCCUUUCAAUCCAGAAAACAGCGUAUAUCUUUCACUUGGUUCUAUAACAUUCGGUUUGUGUUUCUCGGAUCACACGUUAGGCCGCAGCAAUGCUGAAUAUCUGAAACUGAUCAAAAGCGUCCGCGACUUUACUCAGAAUGUUGCGGCGUGUAAUUUGAUUUUACAGUUAAACGAGACUUACCUGUAA